AUGACCGACAAGGUGGUUGUUGCCACGCCGUGGAGACUGGCUGCUCGCCAGGUAGCCAAGUUGUCCACCACGGCGCAAUUUUACUGGUUUCUCUCGCAUCUUUUGUCGCUUACUUUUUUGGUUGUCCAUACCGCGGUCGCCACAGUCCGUGGACCUCGUUCGCCCACGGCUUUGCGCUACUACAACUACUCGAUCACGUCCACGAUCCUGACCUAUGCCAUUGUGCUCAGACAGACGUACAAAGCACGGCCCAUCAGUUUUGUGUUUGCACGGCCACUUAGUCUGCUGCGGGACGAUAACGUCCAGUACUUUCUAUUGGCGGUGAUAUUCCGUGUGUUCUCGAAAAAACACGGCAACUCGUCCACAUUGUACCCGUUCGCAGUGUACGCUUUCUUCCACUGUCUGGGAUACAUCAAUGCCAACAUACUGCGGUAUCUGCCGUUUUUGUCCAAAGAGCAGAAAUCAACGUACUCCACGCUGAUCGCCCAAUUUGUCAAAACAUACGGCGAACAGUCGUCGCUCGUGGCUGCACACACCGAAGUUCUGCUGGUGACGGCUUAUAUUUUGCCGGUUGCAAAAAUGGUUCUUCUGUUGCAGAUCAUCCGUCCUAAUUAUCUUGUGCAAAACGUGCAGGUGCUGUUCCUGCUAAGCGUGGUGGUGAUCUUCAACAAGCUCCGGUUCGACCAGUCCAAGUACACCCGUGCACUGGUGACACAGUACGACGCACGAAUCAACACCAUGCUCGCAAUGCCUGUGAUCCCACCGGCAUUGCAAAACGCCUACUUCGCACUCCGCCAGUCCAUCAUCGCCCAGCUGAGCAAGAUCAACUUGCCAGUGCAGCCGAAAUGA